AAAACCACUCGUCUAAAAAACACUCUUUUCUUACAAAUAUACAUUUACAGCUAUUUAUAUUGACACUUCAAAUAUAAAGUGAAGAAAACCCAUAACAGAAAAGACGUAUAAAGUGUUAAAUUUUAUUUACUACUCACAUUAGCGUAACACGUGCUUACACACACGUACACACUUACAAACAAACAUCCGGACCAUUGAACAUGAAUAUGUUGCCUUCGACAGCUUUUCGCCGCCGCAAUGGCUAUGAAGAUCUGGAUCGUUGUAAUCAAUCAUUGAACGAUGGUCUCUCCAAUGUAGACCACAGUACAGAGGGUCAAACAGCACUGGAGCACACACAACAAACGAACAAACGCAUUUUCUCAAUCUCAGAUACAGCAUUAAACUCAACGCCAACGCCACCAAAUUCAAAAACAACGGCAGGACCAACUUCAACCUUCGUGCCGUACCAACAAUCAAUGUCAUCAUCGCCGUCUCACGCAUUUCACAAUCAAUCAACACUGAGUCUCGUUCAUGGCAUUAGCCUUGGUUCGGUUGUGUUGUUGCCUACAAAUACUCCUAGACUCCAACGCGUUGGCUCCAGCACCAACCUGGGACAUUAUGUCGCUAAGCACGUCAAUGCUAGUGCCGGGAAGUGGGAAUACUUUUAUGUGCGCAAACAUAAUAUUCGUUUACUUUGCUUUGCACUCUUCUAUUGCGUUUACUUAGCAAUUGGCAGUGUUUGCUUUCGAAUUGUCGAAACGCCGGUUGAGGAGGAAUUGCGUAGCGCUGUGCGGGUGCUGCGCGCCAACUUCUUGCAAAAAUAUCCACAACUAUUGGAUGAUGACCUCGAAGAGUUUCUGAAAGCCGUGAUAACGGCUAACGAUCGCGGCAUAUCACCGUUACGCAAUGCUACAAAUGAAAUGAACUGGAGCUUUGGUCAAGCGUUCUUCUUCUCAAGCACCGUGAUAACAACAAUUGGAUAUGGUCAUGUAACGCCACUUAGCCAGACGGGGAAGAUAUUUUGCAUAAUUUAUGCAGCCAUCGGCAUCCCUCUCACGUUGGUGCUAUUGAGUGCGAUGGUGGAGCGUUUAUUGGUGCCGGCAAGCUGGUUGUUAGGCACGUUAAAUUCCAAAUUGGGUCAUCUCUAUCAGCCUUUCAAUAUACGUUUACUGCAUCUAAGCAUUGUGGCCGUGCUUGUAAUUAUCUUAUUAUUCGCCAUACCAACGGCUAUUUUCGCUUACAUUGAACCGACCUGGGGUGCUUUAGACGCCUUCUACUAUUGCUUCAUUUCAUUAACCACCAUCGGUCUGGGCGAUUAUAUACCAGGCGAGGGUGUAACCAUUGAUAAUCGUUCGAUGUAUAAAAUAUUCAUUAGCGCAUAUUUGGUUUGUGGUCUAAUCGCCAUGAUGUUCGUGCUGACGAUAUUCUAUGACAUACCGCAAUUAAAUCUGGGUCAACUCUUCACCGAGAGCACAAGUGGGGAAACGGAGAAGCUACGCUUAUCCGGGAACAAUACAACCUGUUAUUCCGGCCCGUCAGGUUUGUAUAUGCCACAGCGUGAUGAGGACACAAGACGUGCGGUGGUGCGUAUACGGCCACAUGGUAACGAUUCACCCAGCCCUGAUGAGGCACCAUCAUCGCUGAAUAGUGAUAUAAGAGUGCCAUAGAGAGUGCAGAGUCGAUAUGAUAAAAUGAAUUUGAAUUAAAUUGAGAUUAAAAAGGUUGAAGAAACAAACAAAACAAAAGAAAAACAAAAACAUCUAAAUAUAUCACAGACAAGUCCACAGCAUAUCCAGAAAACCACAUUUGAAAAUAACUCAGAACCGUAUCAUAAAA